AAAGGAUACCUACCGUGAGCUCCAUAUGCACCUGCUGCGACAGCAAGAGCCCCAGAAAUCCCUGCUACCCUCUGGACCAGCAAAGCGGCGUUCAUGACUCCUGAAGUAACCAGAGUACAGCCGGACCGAUUUCCUGAGAAUGACGAGUGCGGUGUUUUGGGCACCAAAGACGCUCGUCCACAUCAAACCAAUGAUCCUUCGCACAGCAUGGAUGUAAAAGAAGAUUCCCCAUCAUCCAGCGCGCUCGAGAUCGUGUGAUGGUGAACAAGAAGGGGCUUCUGCCACUUUAAUAUGCCUUGACGUCAUUCUGAUGCAGGAGUGAGGAUGACCUCGUGCGCGAGGAAGGGGAGAGAAAUCAAACGUAUCAUAUCGUAUAAAAUUCAGCCUUGGCGUUUCUGGCAGUAGGGCCGUCAGCACGCCGUUAUACGCCGGGGUCUGUUAGUGGCGUGUCCGGCAGAGCCGUAUUACACAGGAAUGCAGGGAUGCUGAGAGGCCGGCGCGUGGAAUGCGCGCGUUGUCACAGCGACAGAGCAGCUUGGAUACAGAACGUCACAGAACGCGUGAACGCGCUUAAGAGAGAGAGAGAGAGAGCGAGAUGGGCAAUCAAAAACCUCACAGCAUCUCUCCCAUCGCAAAGGCUCCCGGAAUCACGGGGAAACGACAGCGAAGCCGGUGAGCACCUCAACCGCCUUCAGUACGCUCGAGAUGCCGAUAGAUUAAACACGAGACUUCACUGCUAAAGUCAGCGCGUUACGUCGGCGUUUGUUUCCGGAAAACCGAAAUAAAUCAACUCAAACACGUUUGAACGGAAAGAGGGUGUCGAUUAGACUCUCAGAGGGUGAAAAACGGGUCAUAGAAGUGAAUCCGUGUGUGUUGUUCCGUUUUCCCCCGUAUGCGCUAUAAUGGGAGAAGCCGGCGGUCGUUUCCAAACAAGCUUUUCAACGGACACGUCCAACUAGACUCAUUUAGACGUUGUGUUCGUCGAGCUGCGCGCGUGAACAAUUCUGCACUUUUCGUUUCCUCUGAACCGGUCCAAUGUCUGGGUGUUGUCGGGAGAAACCGUGAAACAUUUCCCGCAGAUCUCGGACAACGGAGAGUCCUUUGGUUUAUUCCGAGCUAAGGCUGAUGGAAUUGCGCUGAGCAACGCUUGAGAAAACGAGGAAAUACCCACAGAGCUCCAGUUUACAGACCUCUGAUUUCUGCCUGCGGCUCAUUCCCAGGAUCAGCAAUCAUCUGCGUGACCUCUUUAACUGACCCCAUGAGGACGGCUGAGGGAGAUGGAACGUAACAGACUUUUCUUCUUUACUCUCUAUUGCAUUUCCACGAUAACCCGCCAGGGCUGAGCACAACCUCAGCCCCUCGUCCACCCCAACCCUUCCACAGUCCCCCCAUUCCUGUCCUCCCUCUUGCUCCCUGAAAGACCAAAACAAACCAGCAGGAACACUUUUUCUUGUUCUGUUAUAAUAGUUUAACUUUCCUUUGCCCUUCACCCGUGUCAAAGCAAAGCGGAAGUCAAUAAACCGGCGAAGCGAAGAAGGAAAAAACAAGACAGUCAUGUAUCUGCCCCAUGCCUCCAAACGUGAUUUGGGCCAUGCCCACAAUUCGGAGGCCGCCCACACAAUUACUCUCCUCUGGUUGGCUCUGUGGAUCACCUUGGCAUCGUGUCAGCGCAUUGAUCCCGGCUCCAAAUAUCCCACCGUCACCACAAACUACGGCAAGUUGCGCGGGAUUAAAAAAGAGCUUAACAACGAGAUUCUGGGUCCCGUGGAACAGUACCUUGGCGUCCCCUAUGCCACAGCGCCAAUUGGAGACCGUCGUUUUCAGCCACCGGAAGCUCCUGGGUCUUGGCAGGAAGUGCGUAACGCUACACAGUUCGCCCCUGUUUGCCCGCAGAAUGUGCAUGGUGUUUUACCUGAGAUCAUGCUGCCUGUGUGGUUUACCGACAACUUGGACGUGGCCGCCACGUACAUCCAGAAUCAGAGCGAAGACUGUCUCUACCUCAACGUCUAUGUGCCCACAGAGGAUGGUCCACUCACAAAAAAACACGAUGAAUCGACACUGAACCGGCCACGAGAUGAAGCAUUAGUGCCCUACCUCCAUGAUCCCUCAUCCACAGAGCGCCGAGCCUUACAGCACCCCCUAGGGGCAAACAACACCACCCACACAUUAUCUACACAUUACACCGCAAAACAACAUCUACAGCUUGUACAUUUUGCAGACAUCCGUGACCGCAGGAAGAAACCAGUCAUGCUGUUCAUUCACGGUGGCUCUUACAUGGAAGGAACCGGAAACAUGUUUGACGCCAGUGUGCUUGCGGCAUAUGGGAACGUCAUUGUAGUCACCAUGAACUAUAGGCUGGGAGUUCUGGGUUUUCUUAGCACAGGAGAUCAGUCUGCAAAAGGCAACUAUGGCCUUUUGGAUCAAAUCCAGGCCUUGCGUUGGCUGAAUGAGAAUAUUGGACACUUCGGUGGAGACCCUGAACGGAUCACUAUCUUUGGCUCUGGGGCUGGAGCGUCUUGUGUCAAUCUACUCAUCCUGUCCCACCACUCUGAGGGCCUGUUUCAGAGAGCCAUUGCUCAGAGUGGUUCAGCCAUCUCCAGCUGGUCCAUUAGUUACCAGCCCUUGAAGUACACUAAGAUUCUGGCCCGUAAAGUGGGAUGCACAUAUGGGGAGACCGCAGAUCUGGUGGAUUGUCUCCGCAGGAAAAAUUUCAGAGAGUUGGUGGAUCAGGACAUCCAGCCGGCCCGCUACCACAUUGCAUUUGGACCAGUGAUGGACGGAGACGUUGUGCCGGAUGACCCCGAGAUCCUGAUGCAACAGGGGGAGUUCUUGAACUACGACCUUCUGAUUGGCGUAAAUCAAGGGGAGGGGCUGAAGUUCGUGGAUGAUGGGGGCACUGAGAGUGAAGAAGGCAUUUCAGCUGCAGCUUUUGACUACACUAUUUCCAACUUUGUGGAUAACCUAUAUGGAUAUCCUAAAGGUAAAGACAUCUUGAGGGAGACUAUUAAGUUCAUGUACACAGACUGGGCGGACCGAGACAAUGGGGAAAUGAGGCGCAAGACUCUCCUGGCAUUGUUCACUGAUCACCAGUGGGUUGCGCCAGCCGUCGCUACUGCCAAGCUCCACGCGGAGUACCAGUCACCCGUCUACUUCUACACCUUCUAUCACCACUGCCAAACAGAGACGCGGCCCGAGUGGGCAGACGCUGCGCACGGGGAUGAGAUACCGUAUGUGUUCGGUGUGCCCAUGAUUGGAGCAACAGACCUCUUCCCUUGCAACUUCUCCAAAAAUGAUGUCAUGCUUAGCGCUGUGGUGAUGACAUACUGGACCAACUUCGCCAAGACGGGGGAUCCCAACUUGCCUGUUCCUCAGGACACCAAGUUCAUCCACACCAAGCCCAACCGUUUCGAGGAAGUGAUCUGGACCAAGUUCAACUCCAAAGACAAGCAGUAUCUCCACAUUGGCCUGAAGCCUCGCAUCCGGGACAACUACCGAGCAAAUAAGGUGGCCUUCUGGCUGGAACUGGUUCCUCACCUCCACAACCUUCAUGACGAACCAAUCUUCAGCACAGCCACAACCCGACUGCCUCCAAGAACCGCCCGCCCGGGACCCCGAACGACACGCCAUCCCAUCCCAACCUUUCCUACAGAAUCGGACCCAGACGGCUCAGAGCCCCCUCGGUUCCCGCCCUUCCCAAGCGACACCCGGGACUACUCUACAGAACUGAGCGUGACGGUAGCUGUCGGCGCAUCGCUCCUGUUCCUCAACAUCCUUGCCUUCGCCGCGCUUUACUACAAACGCGACAAACGGCAUGAGAUGCGACGGCACCGACUGUCCCCCCAGCGAGGCGUACCUGCUAAUGACUUAGCACACAGCCAAGAGGAAGAGAUCAUGUCCCUGCAAAUGAAGCACUCGGAGCACGAUGCCCACCAUGACAUGGAGCCGUUGCGACCGCAUGAUAUUUUACGCCCCGCAUGCCCACCCGACUACACAUUGGCACUUCGGCGGGCCCCCGACGAUGUUCCGCUCAUGACCCCCAACACUAUCACCAUGAUUCCCAGCACCAUUACUGGCAUGCAACCCCUCCAUGCCUUCAACACCUUCCCUACAACCACCGGCCACAACAACACCUUACCCCACCCUCACUCCACCACCCGUGUAUAGUAGGACUAGCUCUCAUACAUAUCCAGUUUUCUCUCUCUGUCCACCUUUUCAAGCUCCUAGACUUAAGAUGCUCUCGGUUUAGCUGCCUUGAGCGGCGACUGCGCAUCCUGUUGGCGUUCUCAUAGACACAAUCAAGGUUUCGUAGAAGCUGUACACACUAGAGGAGCUCUGUUUGUAGACUCGAUGAUGAGCAACAGAUAGGGUCGGCAGUGACAAGUCAUCAGCCUCGUACUGGAUUCAACUUGCUGUUUGUUUUUACACGUUGUUCUUAAAAAAACUGUGCAUCAGUGAUUGACUAAGCUGAUCCGAUGUCAUGAGGGGAAAUGAUGACAUUUACCCACUUUUCUUCUCUCACUAAAUUGGCAGAGUGCAGAUUUCAUCCAUCCUUUUUAUCACCCUCCUUUGUUAUUCCAUUACCGGGCCAUCGCUCUGUCCGAAUGUGAUUUUUGUGUCCUUGGAUUAUGUUUUACAUGAAUUGUAGGGGCAUUCGAUAAAAGGCUGGAUGUGUUGUGUUUACCUGCAGUCUUGUGUCAAGUAUUAAAUCAUACCUUGCAACAAGAGAUGCAGAGAAUGAGAGAAAAUGACAGCAUCUGACAGAAGACUAAAACAAAAGUGCCAACCUCCUCUCUUUUUCUCUCGCUCUCGCUCUGUGCGUGUCAUUUUAUCACACAUAUUUGACUUGGCUAUGUGUUGUUUCUUAGGAAGAUUUUUGUAUGUAUAAAUAUAAAGACAAAUAUAUAAAAGAAUGAUAUGAAUAUAUAUUUACAUGGAUUGCUCGGUGGGAUCUAUGCAUGAAAUAUUUUAAAGCACCAAGAAGGACACUGAGCUGUAAACUCCCACAGCUUGUUUUUUUUUUUUUUUUUUUUUUUUUUUGAUUUAAGUUUGCUUGCUUAAAAUGCCUACAGAAACCUUCUGUGCAGUGGUGUUUUCAUCAGCACUAGUCCAAAUGUAACAUCCUCCUCAGUCUGACCACUCUAUAAGAUGGUAUCCUCUCUCUGUAUCCAGAAAGAGAGCUAUUGGCAAGUCUUUUAAAUGCUUUUUGACAUUCAUAUGCAGUUGUUGGUGCUAUUAUUUGACCAUCAACCAUGUAGUGCUCUACCAGAGCCAUCUGUGAUGGUCCGGACAGUUGCAUAAAUACAGCAAAUAGCGAAUGCACAUGUAGCUUUGCAUCUCUUUUGUGGGUCUCUGACCAUUAUAUUUCUCAAAUACAAAUGAUGCUCUUACACCUCAGCCCAUCUUUCUCUCUCUGUGGCCUCUCCUGUACUUUCUCUGUCCUUACUCUUUCAGUUCAACGUCAUUUGGUUUUUGACAACCAAGUUUAAUAAGCAUCUUUUUUGUGUAUCUGUGCGCGUGUGCACACAUACAGAGUGUGUUUUCUAGGCAAUAGCUAGGUGUGCUGUAAAUGUGUGUUAAUGUGAAUGUGUGAGGUAAGAGAAUAUGUGACAGAGAGGCACAACGUGAGAGAAAAGUAUGUUUUUUAACCUUCAUAACACAGAAAUCUCCUUCAUCGGUGGCCCUCUAUCAUUCAGGAAAACCUACGUGCAAAAUAGUUAGGAAGAGGCUGGAAGCACUCCUAAUGUCAGUUUCUACAUAUCUGUCUGCACUGCACACUUGACCUUUUUGACAAGGUUAUGACAAGCACAGCAAAUAGUGGUCAUGGCAAACCAGAUCUAUAUAUAGACAAAUCUUACAGCUUGUUUCUCCAGAAUACAUGUCAAGGUUAAAGACCGAUUGGCUCAGAAUCCCUGGAGAGUAACUGCAGGAUUAACACAAUCACUUGUGUUCUGUUCAUGCCUUGUUAUCAUAUUUUUCUGCCACUGCUGUGUGUCACAGGAGGAUGACUGUUUGUCUCACUGUUGACUCCAUUUGCCAGUGUACUGAGUCUGAGAUGCCCAGGACCAUCAUGAGGGAGCAAGAACUAAGAACUACAAUGAACUAAACGUGAACAGACUCUAAUAGCAUUGCUGAGCAAACAUGCUGGAGGUUCAGUCAUGAAAACAGAACUUUCUUCUGCGGUGUGGACUGAAAACAACAACCGGACAAUAAGUGAAGGGAGAUUGUAACAGACUUCAGUUGCAGGUACCUUCUGGAGAUCCAGAGUGUAGGUUGGACCUGUGGAUAUGUACCAUCUGUGGACUUUUGUGUGGUUGUAGGUAUAACUGACUCCAUUUUAAACAAACUAUGUGGAGGUGACUAGAGCUGCGUACAAAACAACCUCAGUUCUAUUAAUCACUACUGUUUUAAGGGAUGAGUUCCGGCUCUUUUGUUAUUUCUCUCGUUUGUUUUUGUACGCUCAACCACUAGAGUGUGAUGUCGUGGUACAUACAGAAUAAAGACUCUACAUCCAUUACGAGCCAUUCAUUGGGUCUUCAGUAGGCGUACAGCGAGAGAAGGAGAUAUAGAAAUUAACUGUACAUUUUUAAGUGUAAGAACAAAUCAACUGAAAAUAUUUGUAAAUAUUCAGUUACUUGUUUAAAUGUUUUGUUUGUUUUUAUUUUCUUUUGGUUUCGUUUUUCCUUUCUGGUCGAAUGAAAUUUGAAAUACUUUUGUGACCAGGACAACAGGUGCAAGUUCUAAUUCAGCCACCAGCAAAAUUGAUGAAUCUCAUUUGUUAAAUUCACUUUCUGCUGCUUCAUUUGAGAUCGGAGGAUGGAGAUGAUGUAUUGCUCUCAUAUAUUUGAGCAUAAAGAGAUGUGUAUCAUGUAGCAUACUAAUUUCACUUGAAUCAUCGCGUGGCUAAUCAUAUUUCUGCACAAGUAUGAUUGGCUGACCAUUUCAGAUACAAAGCCUGCCAGCUUUCAAAAAUCUUUGAUAUGGAGAUGGACUAGAAUGUCCCAUUUAUUUAAGCAAAGUAGGCACUGGAAAACAUGGUGGUUAUGAGAAGUUUUUCAUCUGCCAUGAACUUGUUGUAGCAUUAAAAUCUUACCAAAAGAUGGUAGAGAUUAAAUAUCUAAAAUAGGGGGAAAGUAUUGUUUUACGGUCACAUUUGUACACUUUAGUAUACAUUUUAUUUUUGAAUGAAUUAAGGAAAAUAAUGCCAAAUUAAAGAUGGCAUAAAAAGUGCACGAGGAUCUCUAUAUGUCAGCUCUAAUAGGUUAAUGAUUACUGAAUAAAUGAAGCACACAUUAUUCCUCUCAGAAAAUAAACAAAUUUUACUGGGUCCUAAAGCAAAUUUACACCUGUUGCCCUGUUUUACUAUAUAUGUUCAGAAUCAGAACGCCACACUUGAUGAAGAAUAAACAUGUUAUUAAUGGAUUUAAAAAAAAGGUAAAAAUAUAUAAAUAAGGUGAUGAUAUUUCUCUUUAUUUAGAAGUUAUUACACACUGUAUGCUGUGACUCUGAUCUGGGGAACAUUAAAGAAAUUCAUAGCCAGA